AUGCCACAGUUACUUACAUUUGACCAUGGUGUCCGAUCACGCGGUGAUGGCUUUAUCAAGACCCCAUCGUCUGGGAUGUGGCAGUGUACACUCCUGCUUGAUCGAAUCUUGCAGGAAGAAAAAGAAAACAAUAACACAAUUUAUAGGGCGGAUGAGAAAAUUAUUCAGAAUAUGGAUCGUCAACAGUUGUUGAUGCUGCAAAAUCCAAAAAAGUCUGCCACUAUUUUACCGGGUCACUUCCAUCCAUUUCCCCGACAGUUUCAACUUAUCUCCACCAGUAGCAGGUAUCUUUGCAGCAUUCUUGUUGCAGAGCGUUCACACACAGCAAAUGAUAUUCAAAUUAUUUCUCUACAAAAAAUAUCAGCAAAGAUUAAGCUCUCUGAAGGUGUAGGUGUUGUCUUUGCAUCUGCAGCGGAGGGAAGCUGGGCAGACAUACUUUCGUUUAUGCACCAAUCACCCAUGUGCCUUAUUGAUGAAGUAAGUCGGGUAGCAGUAUGGAAACUGGAAUGGGAAUCCCCAUAUGAAAAUGGUAUUGAUCUCAGCAGUGUUUUCUUUUGGCGAGUUACAUCAUCAUUACCAAUUUUUGAAAAAGUAGAAUGUGCCUUUGGGAAGGAAGAAAUGGUAUACAUUGCGGUGGGUAAAGCGAGAGGCGCCUUACACACACCACCAGACCGCAAACUUUUAAAACCAAUGGAUCCACCACCGCUACUUCCAAAGCCACCACGAGAGGAGAGUCUGCGAGAUACACUUGGGCAACGAAAUUUAUCAACAGAGUUUAUAGAGGCCCAAGGAAGUCAUGUGGAUGUGAGAGAAAAAGAAAGUGAAGAAGUGUCAAGAGUAACCGCAACAGUAACUGCAGUGGAGGUAGCACAACUCCAAGAAAGUAAAGUGCGACCACCGACUUAUGCGGAGAUUCUCAUGAAAAAUGCACGGGUACAAAGACGCGAAAAGAAGAUUCCAAAUGAUCCUUUGUAUGAUUGGUGUCAGCGUCUUUUUAAACUCAGGGAUGAGUUCCCAUGUGAUAUCUGCAGUGAUGCAGCCCUGCAAUUCGCAAAGGGUCAUGUUUCGCAGCAACACCAACAACAACGACAAAAACAACAACCGCAGCAGUUGCAGAAACGUGAUACAGGUAAUGGUGGAUCCAUUGAUACACUGAUGAUGGCCACUCUGAAAGAAUUUCUGUGUGAUGUGUUACUUGAGAUUUCAUGGUGUCAAGUGUUGAAACAACGUGAUGGACGUGAUAUUACAGUACUACUACAGGAGUGUACAGAGACAGCUGAAGUGGUUGGAAAGGAAUUGCAAAAUUGGUCAAGUAGCUCGAUAAUGCUGCAGUUUCCAUGUCGUAUUCAACAACUACGUCUUGUUCGCCACAGAUGCUUUGCGUUGGUACUACUUGGACAGCCAGUGGGUCCUGCUUUACUGCAAGAGGCACUGCGAUUGAGCAAACGACUAUUGGGGUUACUGCGUGAUUUACCACAGGAGGAACGUGAUUUCUCUGUUCGUGCCGAUCACACCAGCACGGGACAAGUUGUCUGUGGUGUGUUGAGUGCAGCUCUUGCGUUGAUGGAGGUAUCGUUGCUUGUACAGAGAAGUGGGGCACUGCGGGAUGAUAUGACGUGUAUCGCCGGAUUGUUGCUGUUGUGGCUUCGUGAUGCAACGACAAAUUCAACGAACGUUUUUACACUUCCGGCUGCACUGCUUGCACGUGUGAGUGAGGCUGCUGCUGCAAAGAGUGGCGGUCGUUUGAAUGGACUGCUGCGGCGUUGUGAAGAUGUUGGCUGUUUAAAUGGACUGCAGUCCAACAGUGAGAGCGGGAGCGGGACGGCGGGUCUCUGCUGCGGGAUUGUGAGGCCCGCGUGGUGCAGUGCCGUGUUUGAUCAACGGUUUGCACGAGCGUUGGCACUUGUCAGACGGUGUGAAUCUCCAAUAACAACAACAAUAACAGUAGCGGCGAAACGGAAAGAGAGAAAUUAUAAGAAAGAAUGA